AUGGACGACGAGUUCGGGUUCGUCAUGACGGUCACAUCCGGCAGCACAGUGCCCAAGUCUGCCUCCCACUCAGACUCGGGCUCUGCCUCGGCCUCCGAGCCCGACGACCUGCACUUUGCCGACGACUUUUCCAUGGAUGCCCUUGCCGGUGCCGCCGAGCUUGGCACUGCCCGUCCCCGGGGUCCGAACCUGGCCACCCGCCUAGUCGAGGACAACUCGCGGGCCGCAAACAUGCUCAAGGUCAUGGACCAGCGGAUCGAAAAGCACCGCGACAUGCUCAAGGAAGAGGGUGACAUCCUCACCGCGUCGUCAUCGAGCUCGUCGUCGUCGUCAUCGAGCUCGUCGUCGUCGUCAUCGAGCUCCGGCUCCGGCUCGGACUCGGACUCCAAGGCGCAGGCCCGGUCCGGGGCCAAGUCGCGUGGACCGCCGGUGGCAGAAGAGGUCCAGUCACAGGUGGUCAACGUGGAGGAUGAUCUUCAGGAGGAGAUGCGCGGGGCGUCGAACAAGGCCGAAGCCGAUGCGUACUUUGAGCGGGAUGCGACGCAGACCAUGGAGUUGGCCACCGAGUUCGCCAUGCUCAACCUCUCGCGGCCGAUUCUGCGGGCGCUCAACGACAAGGGCUUUGUGCGUCCGUUCCCCAUCCAGUCGCGCGUCGUUCCUGUGGCGCUGGCCGGGCGCGACGUGUGCGCGUCUGCAGUGACAGGCUCAGGCAAGACCGCUGCGUUUGUGCUUCCGGUGCUGGAGCGACUGCUGUUCCGCCCGCGGCACAUGGCCGUCACGCGGGUCCUCAUCCUGGUUCCCACCCGUGAGCUCGCCAUCCAGUGUUACUCGGUCAUCGAGGACUUGUCGCUGUACAUGGACAUCGAGCUGGCGCUUGUCGUUGGUGGCUUCUCCAUGUCUGAGCAGCAGACCAAGCUCCGCGCCUCGCCCGACAUUGUCGUCGCCACACCUGGUCGGCUCAUCGACCACAUCGAGAACACGGCCUCGUUCUCGCUGGAGGACAUCGAGAUCCUCAUCAUGGACGAGGCCGAUCGCCUCCUUGACGAGGGUUUCGAGGACGAGCUGGACUACAUUGUCCGUGCCUCGCCCAAGGCGCGUCAGACGCUCCUGUUUUCGGCCACCAUGACCGAAGACGUCACCCGCCUCAUCAAGGUCGCCCUCAACAAGCCCGUCCGCAUCUCGGCCGACGCCGCCUUUAACAUGGCCGACAACCUCCGCCAGGAGUUUAUCCGCAUCCGCCCGCAGCGCGAAGGUGACCGCGAGGCCAUUGUCGUUGCCCUCGCCAAGCGCAACUUUACCGAGAAGACCGUCAUCUUCAUCCGCUCCAAGCGUGGAGCCCACCGGCUCCGCAUCAUCUUUGGCCUCCUCGGCAUGCCCGCCGCCGAGCUCCACGGCAACCUCUCGCAGGCCCAGCGUGUCGCUGCCCUCGAGGCCUUCCGCAACUCGGAGGUCAAGUACCUCAUUGCCACCGACGUCGCCUCGCGCGGCCUCGACAUCACCGGCGUCGAGUCAGUCAUCAACAUGACCAUGCCCUCCUCCGUCCGCACUUACGUCCACCGCGUCGGCCGUACUGCACGUGCUGGCAAGAACGGUUGCGCCGUUACCCUCACCGCAGACGCCCGCCGCGACGUCCUCCGCAAGGUCAUGAAGCUCUCCAAGCGCAAGUCGGCCAAGCGCCACAUCCCACCCGAGGUCGUCAUUUACUGGCGCUCAAAGAUCGACGCCCUCGGCGACACCAUCAAGGCCAUCCUCGACGAAGAGUCGUACGAAAAGUCGCUGCGCAAGGCAAACAUGGAGCUCAAGAAGGCCACCAACAUGAUCGAGCACGCCGACGAGAUCGCCUCGCGCCCCGCAAAGACCUGGUUCCAGUCCAAGGCCGACAAGGCCGAGGCUGCCACUGCCUCGCUCGCUAACUACCUCGCAGAGGUCAAGGGCGAGGAUGACAAGGAUACCCAGGCCGUCGUCUCGCGCCGCAAGCGCAAGAAGAUGGAGCGCGCAGCUGAGGAUGGCGAGGCCGUCGAGCUCUCCUCCCGCGCCCUCAAGCGCCGCAAGCUCCACAAGUAUGCAGGCAUGUCGCGCCGCCAGCGCCGCUCCGCCCAGGCCCGCGAGGAGAUGGAGCGCGACGGCAAGGCCGGCACCGUCCAGGUCGCCAUGAAGGCUUCCAAGCGCCGCGUCCGCAACGCCAUCAAGCGCGACCAGGUCGGUCAGGCCACAGCCUCCGACCGCGAGCUCAUCGACCCGCGCGCCCGCCGCGCCGCAAAGAAGGCCGCCCGCAAGAAGGCCGACGAAAAGGCGAAGCGGAAGAAGGCCAAGAAGGCCGCUGCCGCCUCGGCCGCCGCCUCCGACAAGCCCGCCAUGACCACCACCGAGGCCCUCACCAACGUCGACAAGGCAAAGUCCAUGCGCGCCCCGGAUCAGCCGCCCAAGUCCAAGUUCAAGCCCAACUCGAAGCCCAAGUCGUGGGCCAAGAACUCCCGCAACAAGGGCCGGUAAACGCUCACGAGUCACA